AUGGAUAAUUUAUAUCAACUCGGCCUCAGGUCUCAGACCAUACUUGGUGCAUGUCAUUUCUUGUUCUUUUUGUUCUCCUGGCCAUUUGUGAUUGGUUUCCUGAAAGACUACCAUGACAAGGACAGGCUGACAUUUAACUGUAUCCCCAAACCAAACGACUUUACUAGACAACGUUGUUAUGACAACUACACUUCUGCUGUGAGUCCAGGUUUGACUCCAUUGGAUUUUGCUGGUAUGAACUAUGGUGUGCUAGGAUUUCUCUGGUUGUUUUUUACACUUAUGGGUGCCAUGACUCUACGACGGAUUCACAGAGAGCGAAGUGAACAAGGGAAAACAAACCAGUGGAAAACGUUCAUGGGGAGAUUCGUUUAUCACGUUUGCGCUCAGCUUGUUGUUCUCAGUGUCAUGAUGGGGCUGUUCUGUGCCUACCAGACCAUUCACCUUCCUUCAGAGUACAAAUGCUUUCAGACAAACAUGACGCUCACUUCAUUUAACCAAAGGCCAGUUAAUAUGACAUGCAAUGACUUACGAUACAAAGAGAAAUCAAAACUAAACAUUGCUAUCAUUGUCAUUAUGGCAAUUUCUAUUGUAUUCUGUUUAUUGACCCUUAUUCACUUAGGAGUAACGAGACGAACAGGACAGCCAUUGCCAGAACAUCUCCUUGGAGAUAUUUUUGAAAGGGAAGAUGGAAAUGCGGAAAGGGUUACUUUAAGAGGUGAGGGCAUUUAGAUAAGUUGGGAAAAUGAACCAGUUUCAGCGAACUUUAAUUCGAUAUUGCAAGGAAAGAGGUAAACUCGUUACAUUGCUCUUUGUCAGUUUAUUUCUGGGGUAUUGUAGGGAUGACGUAGGGGAUACGUUCGGUUUUCAAGAAUUAGAUAUCAAAUAUGGAUACAAUUUCUUUUUUUUUUUAAUUGGCCACUAUAAAAGCGAUUAGGACGAUUAACCCGUGCACAGCCGCCCCCUCCCCUCAAACAAAAUCAAGAAGGGGGCUGCUGUACAUUGGCUGUAAGGGGAGCAAAGUUUGUCCGCAGUUUUUUAAACAAAGUACGUAAUUGAUGCACUCCCUUGGCUUUUUCAUACUUCACAGUUUAGGCCACGUAUCUACAAAAUUUGCCUGAAUUUCAUCCGAUUACUUCGUGUCGUUAUUACUCCCUCGGUAACGUCUGAAUCGACCGGCCGUUAAAUGCUGUUCAGUCACGUCACUACUCCUCUUCUUUUGUUUAUGCAAAAAGUUUAGAAACAAGUGAAAAACCAAGAAAUAUCGUUUGGAAAUGUCUGCAUCAUGCAUGAUACAGGCAUGAUCCAUAAUCAAACUCGGUCGCAAUCACGCAAUGAAAUAAAUACACACACGGAACACUUAGUUCAAAAACACAACGAUUUGCUUUAAUUGAAAAGAAGCUAUUUGGUCCUUAACGAAGAAAAAAGAAAACAAGGAAACAAGAAAGAAAAGCUAACAGAAUCAUUACACUUGACGGUGAAAAUUAAUGGCUGGAAGAGGAAUCUAAAUAUUUGUGUAAUACAGUGGCGGAUCCAGACCUUCAAGGGGGCGGGGGGGGAGGGGUCAUCCAGACCCUGGGAUAAAGAGGGGGCCGGGUCUCAAAAAUAAAUUAUUUUCGGCCCUUCGGGCCUCAUUUUGGUCUAAAAAUAAGGAGGGGGCGGGCCCCCCCUGCAACUCCCUUGGAUCUGCCACUGAUAUAUAUAUAUCAAGGGCCUCGUGUUCUUUUGGUUCCUAGGCCAGGGUUGUUCUUUCAUCGACUACUUCGACGUUUUCCAAAAUGGUGCUUUUUUAACUCGCUGCUUUUUAUCUUUUUCUCAGCGGUGAAUAGCUAUUCAGUGGCAAUGAAAGCGUCAGCCAAGGAACAAACGGAAUUUCAGCGCAAACUGUUUGAUCAGGCACCCUCUAUUUCUUGCAUGAGAACGGAUGACAUAUUCACUAAUCUUCUUAUUCAACAUGGACGAAAGGCCGUUGAAGAUGACGAGAAUGUUGACAGAAGUAAUCGCUUAACUCGUUACGGUCAAGUAAGCGGCAGACGAAUCGAACAAUGUAGUGAAAUAUUUAUUCGCUCUACAAACGAUGAUGGUAAUCUUAAAUCUAUUCUUGUCACUGGAAAAGCGGGGAUUGGGAAAACUCUCUUUUGCCAAAAGCUGCUUCGAGACUGGGCUGAUAAUAGAUUAUUUCAGACACAAACGGAUCUGCAAUUGCCCGAUUUUAAGUUUGCGUAUUUGUUAACAUUCAGGAACUUGAAUUUACUUGUUGACGAGGAAUUGACUUUGAAAGAAAUUUUAGAGCGCUGUUCCUUUUUGGAUGACCAAUGCCUACGCAGCAAUAUGGAUACGUUUCCUUUGGAAUAUAUCCUCGAUCAUUCCGAGGAGGUCUUGAUUAUUAUUGACGGUUUUGACGAGUAUUCUAAGCAAGGACAAGAUUAUAUUGCCGGUGACUACCAUGAAGAAUAUCCGAAUUGCUCUGAACGGAAAAUGAAGAUAGCCGCACUUUGUUCCAAACUAAUGAGAAAGAAAAUCUUAAAACAGGCAACUAUCAUGAUCACGUCAAGAUCUGAUGAAUCUGACAAGCUGAGUAAAAUUGAAUUCGAUCGAAUUGCAGAAGUUACAGGAUUUUCUGAACAACAGGUGACGGAAUAUAUCGAAAGGUACUUCCGACAAAACGAAAGCCUCAAAGGAACUGUACUCGAACACAUCACGAAGAACGAGAAUCUUGUCAGUUUAGCUCACAUUCCUGUACUUUGCGCCCUCAUGUGUUCUUACUUCGAAUACAUUCUUAAGAAAUCAAAAAGGCUCGAAGAUCUUCCUGUUUCAGUGAGUCAGCUGUAUGAUGAGGUGCUAAAUAUUUUUACAACAAAUCACAUCGAAAAGAAAAUUCCCAACUUCAUCCGCAGAGAAAGCACACUGGAUAUGCUCUCAAAGUUUGCGGCUGAUUCGCUUUUAAAGGGAAUGUAUCUUUUCGAGGAAGAGGAAAUGAAAAGGCUGACUUCAGAAGAAAUUGUUAAAACGUUGAGAAUAAGCGGUCUUCUUCAUUGUGGUCCUCCUUUUAAUGUGUCCUUUUCUGAAAAAACAAAAUAUUUUUGUUUUAGUCACCUAACUCUUCACGAGUAUCUAGCAGCUCGUUGGUUUGUCAAAGAAAAGACGAUUCCCUCGUAUGGAACAGUGUCCACAGUGGUAUUUCAGUUCAUAACUGGCAUUCUCUCAAAGAGGGAAGAUAGCGUCCUCAUGGAUGAAUUGAUGAAGAAUAUUACAUUUUUUGACAAUGAGAGUUAUCUGUUACAAGCAAAGUGCCUCAAUGAAUAUCAAAACAAAGAGUAUGCCAAAAAACACUUGAGCAAUGCUGGUCAUGAUAAAAAGAUUGUGUUAUCUUGCUUGAAUGAUGUGGACAUUACUGACUUCUUAUUUUUGCUUGACGUCUUUAGUUCACUUAAUGAAGACGAAACUUCUCAGUCAAACCAACAACAACCAUCCAACUGUUUUAGGGGUCUUACAGUCAUGGAUUCAUCGCUAACACCCUCAAAAGUAGGACGGAUUUGCUGUUUUCUACAGUCAAAUGUCACUGGCUUCUCCGGCAAUCUGUCACUGGUAAAAUGUGGUCUAAACGACAAAUGCAUACAAUGCAUUUGCGGAUUCGUGUUUACUAAACCAUUCACACUUGAUCUGAGUGGUAAUCAGAUCUCCGACGCUGGUGCUUCUAGGCUAAGUAAAGCUAACAGUGAAGCAUUAAAACAAUCAACCUCUCAACUAAUUUCACUAUGUCUUGCUAAUAAUCAUAUCACCAAUGCUGGUGCUGCCAAUCUGGGUGAAGCACUAAAACAAUCAACCUAUCAACUAACCGCACUAGAUCUGAGUUCUAAUCAGAUCACCGAUGCUGGUGUUGCUAGUCUGAGUGAAGCACUAAAACAAUCAACCUGUCAACUAACCAUACUAAAUCUGGGUUCUAAUCAGAUCACCGAUGCUGGUGUUGCUAGUCUGAGUGAAGCACUAAAACAAUCAACCUGUCACCUAAUUGAACUACAUUUGGGAGCAAAUAAGAUCACAGAUGCUGGUGCUGCUAGUCUGAGUGAAGCACUAAAACAAUCGAACUGUCAACUAACCAAUCUGUUUCUGAGUAAUAAUCAGAUCACUGAUGAUGGAGCUGCCAGUCUGAGUGAAGCACUAAAACAACCAUCAUCUCAACUAAAAGAGCUAAAUCUAUUUCAAAAUCAGAUCACAGAUGCUAGAGCUGCUAGUAUAAUUGAAGUACUCAAACAAUCAGGUUGUCAUGUAUUUGUGUGUGGUCUGCUGGAUCCCAGUGAUAAUCACAUCACCGAUGAGGAUGCUGGUUCCGCUCGUAAGGAAGUGUACUUGAUCUUCUGACUUAAGAUUAGCGGUUUAAAUUUACAAGGACACUGCAGAAAUCUUUUGUUUUCUUUCCUUAUUCUAAUGUUUAAAUUAUUUAGCACCACUUUAUCUAAUUUAUUCAAAUGCAGAUUUAGGCCAUGUUAAUACUAUACUGGAUAGCUUUUCGUGUCCACAUGAAAAGUUAUCCAGUACAGUGUUAACACCUAUCCAAUACGUGACUCUCCACUUUAGAGAUCAGCGCGGCGCAUCUUCUCUCCCUUAUAGAAAUCGCGCCGCCUUAUCACCGUUCUUGUGUGUGAGCAGAAGCCCUAUCCGGUAUGAUUUUCGUGCUGGUACAAAAUCUAUCCGAUAUAGCGUGGACAUAGCCUUAACGUUAGCGGAAGGUCUACUAGAAAUGACUCUGGUCUUGACCUACCACAAUGAAGACUGGCUACAGGUCAGCACUCCUUAGCUUUCAGAGGCUCGAUUUAACACCCUCUCUAAAGACACAAUAUCUAUUAAGGAUACAAAAGCAUUCAGGCGCAAGGUCUCCACCCACCUUGAUGCCAACCCUUGUUAAACUCCCUGAAUAUGUAAAUACAUUGAAUAUUUUGAUUUUAUUGUUUUUAAGUAUCCACGUUUUUCAUCAGAGUUUGUUCACAUUGCCCUUAAACUUUCCACUAACAUUAUCUGUACUUUGUAUAACCUGUUUUAUAGUUAUAUUUAUGUAUUUUGUAGUUAGUAGAAUAGUGGUGUAAAUCAGAGAACAGGCUACUUAAAUAUACUGGUCGUACAUGUCGCUUUAUUGACUUCUUUCAAGGGCAGUGUACAGACUCAUAUGAACUCAAAGUUAGUGAACAAAAAUACUUACCCGAACCCACAGGAAAAAAUAACGGAUUCCCAUUUUUGGAUAUAUUUGGGUAUUCUUUAAAUACCCCAAAAUAUCCAAAAAUGGGAAUCCGUUAUUUUUUCCUGUGACCAAGCGUUAUCUGAACAACCAUCCAUCUGUCUAAAAAUUCUUUCUAUCUGGAAAUCAUCACUGACACUUUCUGGAGUCAAACGGAUUUGCCUUUUUUAGGGUCAAACGUCUGCGCCGUCACCGAACUAACACUAGCGAAUUGUGGUUUGAACGACGAAUGCAUACAGUGCAUUUGCAGGUUGGAUCUACUAGUCCAUUCCACCAAAGUAUGUUUAGUAAUCUGGUCACCGAUGUUGGUGUUGCUAGUCUGAGUGAAGCACUAAAACAAUCAACCUGCCGACUAACCACACUGGAUCUGAUAGAGAAUCAGAUCACCGAUCCUGGCCUGGUGUUGCUC